AUGGAUCACGGCUACAAGCUCCGUCUCCGGUUCCCAAGGGCCCUAUUGAGCUAUCGGAGGUCACGGGAGCAGUGGACAGUCCCUCCUUUGCCAGUCAAGGUUAUUCGCAACUACGAGACAUGGGACUUGACUGGCAUCAGCUUCACAAUGUCGAGGCCUAUUUCGCCGAGCAAGGUGGAAGGCUUGGAUAUCGAAAUCAACUGCCAAACUCACCCGUCAGGGGAACGUAGGACGGUGUUGGAAAGCCAACAGCUACGAAUUGACUGUACCAAGGUGAUUGGGUGCCAAAAGGUGAUGAAAGAGAGGCAACCAGUCCAUUGA